GCCGCUCCGCCACUCCUCCGCAGCCACCCGCGCACUUCGGACGGCGCCCACGGAGGCCGCGAUGCUGCUGGAGCGGGUCCGCGCCGGUUCGGAGAAGACAGCGGAGCUCUGUCCCUUCCCGCGGAGCCCAGAGAUCCCGCUGUGCGCCGGCUGCAACCAGCACAUCGUGGACAGGUUCAUCCUCAAGGUCCUGGACCGCCACUGGCACAGCAAGUGCCUGAAAUGCUCCGACUGCCAGACGCAGCUGGCCGAGAAGUGCUUCAGCCGCGGGGACGGCGUCUACUGCAAGGAAGACUUCUUCAAGCGCUUCGGGACGAAGUGUGCCGCCUGCCAGCAGGGCAUCCCCCCGACCCAGGUGGUGCGCCGGGCCCAGGACUUCGUUUACCACCUGCACUGCUUCGCCUGCAUCGUCUGCAAACGGCAGCUGGCCACCGGCGAUGAGUUCUACCUCAUGGAGGACAGCAGGCUGGUCUGCAAGGCGGACUACGAGACGGCCAAGCAGAGAGAGGCUGAGUCCACGGCCAAGAGGCCCCGCACCACCAUCACGGCCAAGCAGCUGGAGACCCUCAAAAACGCUUAUAACAACUCGCCCAAACCGGCGCGGCACGUCCGGGAGCAGCUUUCGUCGGAGACGGGGCUGGACAUGCGGGUGGUGCAGGUCUGGUUCCAGAACCGCAGGGCCAAGGAGAAAAGGCUGAAGAAGGACGCGGGGAGGCAGCGGUGGGGGCAGUACUUCAGGAACAUGAAGAGAUCCCGGGGGACAUCCAAGUCCGACAAGGACAGCAUCCAGGAGGAGGGGCCCGACAGCGACGCCGAGGUCUCCUUCACAGAUGAGCCCUCCAUGUCCGAAAUGAGCCAUUCCAAUGGGAUUUACAGCAAUCUCAACGAAGCGUCUCCUGCGCUGGGGAGGCAGGCGGGGACCAACGGGAGCUUCGCGCUGGAUCACAGCGGGAUCCCGGCUCAGGACCAGUACCACGACCUGCGAUCCAACAGCCCCUAUGGGAUCCCCCAGUCUCCAGCGUCCCUGCAAGCACUGCCAGGCCACCAGCCCUUAAUCUCCAGCUUGGUUUACCCAGACAACGGCUUGGGCAUCAUGGGACAGAGCGGACAAGGGGUGCCCCAGUCCAUGAGGGUCCUGGCCGGGAAUGGACCGAGCUCCGACCUCUCCACCGGCAGCAGCGGGGGGUACCCGGAUUUCCCGGCCAGCCCGGCCUCCUGGCUGGAUGAGGUCGACCAUGCUCAGUUUUGAUACGGGGCCACCCCCGGGCAGUGGGAAGGGAAAGGACUCGGUGCUGUUAAAUGUCACCUGCUCUUGGAAAGGACAGAGGGAUGAGCCGUGAGUGCUGAGCGGGGCAGGAAUGUGACGACACGGAGGGAGCAGAGGGGAUUUCGGAGAUGACCCUGGCAGAGGAUGGUGGACAAAGGCCCUGGCACUGCAACCGUUGGCACCCGGAGCGUCCAAACCAAACUGAUUCUCGUGUCUUUACCAAACACCAGGACUUGUGCUUUACAGAUUUGAUAUGAGGUAUUUUGCGUUCUGUUGUCAGUGCAUUCUCCAAAGCAAGGACUUGCUCCAUCACCCAUCCACACCGAAACAUUUUUAAGGGAAAAUAAAGUCCUCAUCCACGGUGAAAGGUGUGACAAUGUCUAUAUUUCUAUAGGAGAAAUGUUCAUAGUGAAUCACUUCAGAAACCCAUGGUAGGAAACUUCUCUGUUCUUCCAGCAGAUUUUUUUAAAGCGCACCAAUGCGGUAUGUUUUGUUUUAUUUUGAAUUUACAUUAACUUUUCUAAAAUGAAAUGUUCUUUAAUAUGCCAAUCAUUUAUCAACAGCCCUUUUCCUUUGUAAAAUGAAAAUCAUAUGUUAAUUCUGCUUCUCCCCUUUUUAAUUUGUAGAUUGCUAGUUUGACUCUUCCAUAUAAGCAUUAAACCGUGAAUAGAUGUAUUUAUUACCAAGUAAUUCCACGUUUAUCACGAGGUCAAGAGGUGAAUUUUCUUGACCCAGGGACACUGGUGGCUCUGGGUUGUGGAUCUUAUGCUUUUCCUUCAAAUUUCUUCGCAUCAGUUUUACUGCAAAGUGUCUCAAAAAUCACCCUGAUGUCUUGUUGCCAAAUACCUUCUCGGGGGGUUGGGCUGGUUUAGGACAAGCCAUUCCCCAGGCACUGCUGGAGUGUCCCCCCUUCCCUGGGGACACACCUCUGUUCCAGACAUUUGUGCGUUUCCACGGAUAUCAUGCAAGCUGAUUGUGAGGAAAGGCAAGACAAUAUGUAUAUUGUUAUCUGUAAAAAUUAUGGAAUUAACUGUAGAUUAUGUGGGUGUCCAGUGUCUUUUAUUUAUAUUCUCGCUUUCUCUCUGAUGAUCAAAUACUUCAAGAUUACAAAUAAAUUUGUCAGCUAAACUUUGAA